AGCAUUUGGCAACCCUGCUAGUGGGAGGAGCCAGUCAGUCAGGUAGCUAUGUACUGUAGGUAAGUAGGUAGGUAGGUAGGUAGGAAGGAAGAGAGAAAGAGAGCCGCCACCUUGUCUCUUCACGAACGAAGCCUAAUCCUUCAAGAACUUUGGGCUCAGCUGUUCAGUCCACCAUGAGGGGUUGCUCUCAUCAUUUUUCUAUCCUCGUUGCUUUCCUGUUCGUGGCGGUUGGGGGUGAGGCCGUCUCUGGGUUCAGGAUCUGUGCCUACAAUGUGCAAAAGUUCAACUCACAGAAGGCAGCGAACUACAAAGUGUUGCACACGCUCACACGGAUCAUUUCGCGCUGUGACAUCACCUUGCUACAGGAGGUGACAGAUACCGACGGCUCCGCCAUCAAAGCGCUGCUGUCGUCUCUCAACAGGUACAGUGGAAGGGAAGCUCAAAGGUAUGAAGGCUACCACUACCGCUCCGAGUCCAGUUCCAGUCUGGGCAAGUCCCCCAGUGACAUGCAAAAGUACGUCUUCAUCUACAGGACAGAGACUGUUAACGUGGUGGACCGAUAUCAGUACCAGAACCAGCAACAAUUUGUCAGAGCGCCACUAGCUGUUCACUUCCACAGCAACAAAACAGCCGUCAAGAACUUCAUUCUUGUCGGGCUGCACACGGACCCGAGCAACGCCGUCAAGGAGCUCGACCGCCUGUACGAUGUCUUCAAGGAAGUGCUGAAAAAAUGGAAAAACAAGAAUGUGAUGUUCUUGGGUGAUUUCCAUGCCGGCUGCGCCUACAUGACCCGCCACGACAAGAAGAACAUCAGACUGUUCACCAACACCAGCUUCUCCUGGCUCAUCGGAGACAAAAUGGACACCACAUUCACAGACGAAACUAGCUGUGCAUAUGACCGAAUUGUCGUGUACGGGAAGUCCUUCCUGAAGGCCAUCAUGCCGUUCUCUGCCAGGGCCUUCAACUAUGCUCAAGAGUUCAAACUGACAAGGGCAACGGUGCUGGCGGUGAGCGACCACUUACCUGUGGAGGUGAGGCUAAAGAGCUCCACCCUGCUUCUUCAGGCCACACCCCUCCUGCUCCUGGUCAGCGCGGUGAUCCGCUCCUUCCUGUCGUCUCCUUGAAUUAUUUUUGACGUAUGCUACCACUCAUGGACUUUAUAUGUUGUAUUAUGUUUGUAUCCCCCACGCUGGAACCUUCUAUGCACGUCCUUUACCACAGUCAUAAAGUACAAAAUGACCAUUACAAUUCAUUAAACACCUAUUACAUAAAUUUGAGCAAGCAGAUGGUAAGUCACGAUCACGUCUUGAAGACAGCUUCUCUAUGAUUCUUUGUCAAUGAUUUGAAAAUGUUGGCACAAUGUUGUCUUUGAUGUUGACUGUUUUUUUUUUAGCUGGUAAAUUAGCCAUGUAUUUGUAACAUUUUUAUGGUCAGAGUACAAAUCAUCAGUGAAAAAUGAACCAAAGAUGCCAAAUUUUGCGACAACAAAACCUCAAAAAGUGAGCUUUAUGGAGUCAUGUAUGUAUGCAUGUCAUGUAUAUAUUAUGUUUGUUGUGUGCAGUGUUUCAGGGUUUUAUACCUUUUUAUGUCCAAAUUAAAAAGCUGUUGUGUGAAAUUCAAUUCUACUCUGAUUCUUACAAGGAUCAUUCACUAAUUGUGAAGUGUGUACAUUUGAGUUCAGCUAGAUGUAUUCACUUUUGAUUUUUAAUAUGGCCAUAAGGAAGUGAUGUUGAUGUCUGACCGACAUGCAGAAUGCUUGUUUUGGAUAAUUGUUAUAUUUUGCAAAAUAUGUGUAGAAUGAAGUACAGUACAUUUUUUAACAAUUUGAACAGACAGUACAAUAUGAAUAUUUAUAGUACUAAUUUAUGUG